AUGGGGUCGUUCAAAAGCCCAGCAUCGAAACGCUUCCUCUCCGACUUCACUCUCGGAUUCUCAGAUGGCCUCACUGUACCAUUUGCCCUCACAGCAGGGCUCAGUUCAUUGGGCAAAACGGAUACUGUCAUAACUGGUGGACUGGCAGAGUUAUGUGCUGGUAGCAUCAGUAUGGGAAUUGGAGGGUACCUUGCUGCUCGGGAUGAGUCCGUUUCUUCACGGCCAGACCUCCCAGAUGAGGAGGCUUCAACGGGUCUUGGCGAUGAUGCUGCCAGUCGUGAGACAGAUCACAUGGUCGGGGAACCUGAGAAGAGCCAAACGAAGUUGGAAGAUCUCGUGCGCCGUCACCUAGAACCCUUGGAGCUUCCCCCGUCGACAGUCGUUACAAUUCUGGAAGCCAUACAACAAAACCCAACAGAUCCCCAACGGACGAUAUUACGCCUCGAAACCUUUAACAACGACAUCCCAUACUCUGUGCAAAAUUGUUCAACCUCCCCAAUUACGUCUGGUCUCUCAAUAUCACUUGGCUACGCAGUUGGAGGGAUUAUACCCCUUCUACCUUACUUCUUCACCAAUACUGUCGGAUCUGGACUACAAAUAAGUGCCGUUCUAUGUCUCAUGGUACUGUUUACCUUUGGGGCCGGAAAGAAAUGGAUGUUGAGCUCGGAUGAGGAGAGGAUGAGAAGUUGUAUCGUGGAAGGGUUGCAAAUGCUGAUUCUGGGUGCUUUAGCUGCUGGCACGGCAGUUUUAUGCGUUUCCGGGUUGGGAAAAAAGGAUGAUUAA